GUCGACGGCGCGUCGAACUACCUCAACGAGGCCGAGAUCGGCGACGCGUUGGCGGAGGCCGAGGCGGAGGGCCUGAUCGCGAAGAAGGAGGACAUCUGGCUUACGACGAAGCUGAACAACCCCUACCACGCGCCGGAGCACGUCCGGCCCGCGCUGGAGAAGAGCCUUUUGGACCUCGGCGUGGACAAGGUCGACCUCUUCCUCAUGCACUGGCCCACGGCCUUCACGCACUGGGCGAAGACGGGCCGGUGGCCGCCGCACCUCGCCCGGGGCAUCUCGAUCCACGACACGUACGCGGCGAUGCUCGCGUGCCGCGACGCGGGCCUCUGCGACCACGUCGGCGUCGCGAACUUCAACGUCAUGCUCCUCCACGAGCUCUGCUGCGUCAACGAGGCGCCGGCGGUCGUCCAGUGCGAGAGCCACCCGUUCCUCCAGCAGCGGAAUCUCGUGGACCACUGCCGGCGGUCGGGGAUCCAGUUCCAGGCGUACUCGCCCUUGGGCUACGGCGAGUUCAAGGGCGAGACGGAGGUCUGGCCGCUGGGCGACGCGACGAUCCUGGGCAUCGCGGCGAAGCACGGCGUCUCGCCGGCGCAGAUCUGCCUGCGCUGGACGUACCAGCGCGGCGUCUGCACGAUGCCCAUGACGAUCAAGGAGCGCGAGAUGCGCGAGAACCUCUCCAUCUUCCACUUCGAGCUCGACGACGAGGACAACGCGGCCAUCGCGGCGCUCGAGCUCCGCCACCACUACCUCCGCCCCGAGGACUGGUACGGCCUCCCGCUCUGGGACUGA